UGAGUUUUGAGAUAAUUCCUGGUGCUAAAACUGACCCCAAACUCGACUCUCGUCAGUUUUCAUCAAGAAACAACAAGCAAAUACACAGGAUGUGGAACAACUGCUGCUUUAUUCCUUCCCUGGUGAGGAAUACCGUCUCUUUGGAGGAGAGAGACAGAUUGGCCGAGGCUUCAGGAAGAAAAAGUGUCUGUUCAGUUCAGAUCUGAGGAAGGUGCUGGUCUUGUGCCUGGCAGAGGAGAUUCUCCCGGAAGACUGUUACCAGGUUUUUAAUAGGCAAUUCUGCCAAAGGAGACCACACAUGGCUUAGUCCACUGCUUUUUUAUUAUACCAGUGAAAUUUCCAAGUCAUUUAAUACUUUGAAGAGUUUUAAGAAUUCCUGCCGACGCCUUUCCUGCAGAAAGCCAUGCCCCACCGCAGAGCCCUUCGCCUGGUCCUGCUAACGCUGUGCGGCAUCCUGGUCCCUGCGGUGCUAGCAGCAGAGUACCCGCAGGGGCCGGUGCCCACGCUGUGGAACGAGCCGCCCGAGCUGCCCUCGGGAGCCGGCCCCUUCGACGCUGCCGCCACCACCGCCCGCCUCCCCGACACCACCGGCUUCGCCCCCUACACCGCCGAGCUGGAGCCUGAGGACACCACCCACCUGCACCGGCUCGACGCCGGCGACGGGUCGCUGGGGCCCGGAGCCAUCGGUGCCAUCGUCAUCGCCUCCCUCCUGGGUACCUCCGUGCUCGUGGCCUUGGUCGUCAUCACGCUGCGGAAGUUCUCGGCCUCCUGAGCUCAAUAAAGGCUUUUUCCGUACCACCA